GAGGAGCGUGUUUUUUGGGGGAGGUGGUUUUCAGCUGCACAAGUCCUGUGCUGAAAUUCGGCGGAGUCAGACUGAGAUUUGAGGACACCCGAAGCAGAGCAGUGAAGAUCAAACUAGUUAGCAGCGACUGUGACUGAAGCUAUUCUACCUACCUCCAGAGACCCCGCCCCCCCUGCAGUCGCCAUGAGAACCACCUGCCUCUUCCUGCUCUCUUUGCCAGCCCUGCUCCUAGCCCAGCAGUACGAUGUGGGUGAAGAAGACUUCUACCCAAGCCCAUCGCAGUAUGGACCGUAUAUUCCACUGGCGGAAGAGUAUGACUAUUCAGAGCAAAGCCAAACAGAACUGGAGACACAGCAGAGCCAGCUGACCCCCCAGGAGCAGCAGCACACCUUCCCCAUCGUGGAUGACCUGCCUGAGACAGAACCGACUGAGCCAGGACCCCUGGAUUGUAGGGAGGAGCAGUACCCUUGCACUCGACUGUACUCUGUCCACAAGCCCUGCCAACAGUGCCUCAAGAGUCUCUGCUUCUACAGCCUGCGAAGAGUCUACGUGGUGAACAAGGAGGUGUGUGUGCGCACGGUCUGCGCUCACGAUGAGCUGCUCCGAGCUGACCUGUGUCGUGAUCAGUACUCUAAGUGUGGAGUGAUGGCUCACACCGGCCUGUGCGGGACCAUGGGGACCUCUUGUGCUAAAAGCUGCGGGGGCUGCUAGACCAGAACAUCAACCUCCGCCCACUUUACCAAGACCACGCCCUAACCCGUCAACUCCUCCCACACCUAUGAAACCCAAACCCUCAGCCACCUGUAACUCCACCCACAGCCCCUCCCAUCACAUAGGAACUCCGCCCCUAGCCUCUCUUCCACCAUGCUUGCCAAAAAACACAUUCUGUCAGUAUUGGGGAAACCGCUUUUAUAAAAAAAAAUAUAUAUAUAUAUUAAAUAACGGUAUGACUUCAAUGGUGCUAAAAUAAUGGUACAUAAAAGUAGUAUUUUUCACAUGCACAUAAUUUUUUUUUUAGUUUUGUAUUAUAACUUUUUGAUAACUUCUUGAGCUGAGAGUGCAUCUCUCAGUUGGUACUAAAGCAGUUUUUAAUUUUGUUUUUAAUGUUUCUGUUUAUAGUUUUGUUUUUUUUUUGGUGGGACUUUUUGUUGUUCUGUUGCUUUGUGAACUAUUUUAUUACAAAAAAAUACCUUCAAGGAACUGAGAAUUCAUUUACCAAAGAUUUAGUUUUUAUUUUAAAAAAAUGUGGUUAAAACCACCUCCCCUUUAAGGUGGUGUUAUUUUCCUUUUUUUUUUUUACUUCUGUAAUUCAGUGAAUUGAUGUUUCUCUUUAAGGGAACAGCUGAGCCAGAGAAUCUCUCCCUAUUUACAACAGAUGGUUUCUCUGUGCUCGUAAGGUAAAAUAUGCAUCAAAAAGCUGAAAGCAUGCUUGGCAAUGUAUUUUUUUCGCUGCUUUAUUUCCAGUGUAGCAGGACUGUACUGUACCGUGUGUUGUCUCUCAUGAAGAGGUUGCUUGUUGAAGGUACUGUACUUCCCUACACUGCUGCCUCUGUUCCACACCCUGGUGCUGGGUUAUUGGUGCUCUUCAGUAUUCAAUGUACAGGAAUAUUGUGAGCUGCAUGGACUGGGGCUUUACCAGAUUACACCUGUGCACAGUCCUGUUUACAGCUUUACCAGGAUUACCACAGGUAGUUACCGGAUCUCAUGAGAUGUCAGUUCUUUUAUGCUCAGAGUGGACUGUAAUGUAAAAUGUUACCUCAGGCUUGGUACACAUACUUUGUCAGAUCCAUCUUACAAGACCCCCUUAUCCUAAGAACACUACAAUGUACUGUAUUCUUCUCAUAGUGAUGCAUUUUGCUGAAAUGGUGCUGUGCUUUAUACUUAUAUACGUAUAUAUACACUUUUGUGAGCAGUGCUCUCCUGUACUGUAUCACAUUGUCCCGUACUGUGUGUUUCCUGCAUCUUAUACUCUUGUUGUGUUCUGUUCCACAGAUAGACAGGACUGGUGAGUGAUCUAGCCUCUGUACAAUACACAUUGGGGUUUGGUUUUUGCAUUUUGCAUACACAGUACCAUAGUACUAUUUACUUGUUUUUUUUGUUUUCUGGUGUUUUGUUUUUUUAAUAGAAAGUUAAUAAAAACAAAAAAACUGCACUUGAACUGCCAAAAAAAGGGUGUGUCUCCCUCAUGUCAAAUUGUUUCACCAACGUGUGGGUGUGUGUGAUCGGUUAGACAGUUUACAGUUUUGUUUGGGUCUUCUGUGAUUCUUCAGAGAUGUCCUGCAGUAAGUAUUGGGAUUAUCAAGUGAUAAUCUAGUCAUCACAAACAACUUGCACACUAGUCUAGGUCUGAUAUUAGGACCUACAAGUACACAAAAAACAUACGCUUUUUUGACAGCAGUUUUUUCUAUUUAUUGUUACACGCAAGAAACCUGUAAUAUAUCUAGUGAAAAAAUGUAAGACACACUUCCAAACAGUAAAACAGUCUUCAGAUCGCUCAGGUAAACAGUUGGUUUGUUACCUUGACAUAUUGGAAUGUUCAGGAGCCAACGUUCUGUGAGUUUUAGUGAUGUAAUCGUGAUGUAAUCAUGAGGUAAGAGUGGGGAACCAAGCUGGCUUAAGCAGCGUCUUAUUUUUUGUAUUUAUUUCUUUAUUGAUUUAAUAUUUUUCUGGAUGUCUAACAAACCAAAAACCUUACUUCACAGUACUCUCAAGCCACCCACAAAACCAGUAUUUCUUAAAUCAUUGUGAAGGAAUUAUAGAUUUGUUUUCUACGUCCUCCUUUACAAAGUGCUGGUAUGGUUUAACAUACAUUUCUUAAGGUAAGGUGUGUUUGUAGGUUUCUGAUGCCAUUUAGUUUUAGUUGAAAAAUGUGAUAAUAUAAUUAAGUUUAUUAAAAUACAGUACCAAAAAUAACUGCUACCUUCAAAUAGUCAUGACACUGACAGUUAUUAUAAACAUCUUUGUGUCCUUGCUUUGCGAUUUAGUGUUGUGACGUGAAGCAAAUAAUAAUGAACAGCGAUAUCAAACACAUUUCUAAGAUUAUAUAAAUUGGUACAGUUGCAAUGAUUAUUAUUGAGGAUAGGAACUUGCAUAUCCUUCAGCAAUGUAAUUUGAUCAUAAUAUAUGAUGCCAUUUUACAUGGCAAGAAACUGCAUCACUUCCUGUUUGUAGCACCACAGACAUUAACACUGUUGAAUAAUAAAAAUCACAGAAAAUAUUAGUGGUAAUUUCGGUUGUCUAUUACUGAUAAAGUGCUAUUUUAUAUAAAAUUAAUUGUCACAGUCUAAAUGUACAAUACAAUGUUGUACCAAAAAUUGUUUAUAAAAAAAAAGACUAAACUAAAAGUGAUUUUUAAAAAGGCAAUUCAAAAAUA